CGUGUAGCUACACUACGUAGGCUACCUGUGAUUUCUCUGUGAGUGCAGUGACGUUAGAAACCGGCAGGGUCGCUAAUGACUUAACCACUGCAAACAUGGCUGCUCAGGAUGAGCUCAAUCAAUUGGAACGUGUGUUCCUUCGCCUGGGCCAUGCAGAAACAGAUGAACAGCUACAAGAUAUUAUCUCCAAGUUCCUUCCCCCUGUGCUCCUCAAACUCUCCAGUGUUCAGGAGGGUGUGCGAAAGAAAGUAAUGGAGUUGUUGGUCCACCUGAACAAGAGGAUAAAAAGCCGACCUAAGAUUCAGCUACCAGUAGAAACUUUGUUGGUGCAGUACCAGGACCCUGCAGCUGCCUCUUUCGUUACGAAUUUUACUAUCAUCUACAUUAAAAUGGGAUACCCACGUCUGGAGGUGGGAAAACAGUGUGAGUUGGCCCCCACCCUCCUCACUGCCAUGGAAGGCAAGCCACAACCACAGCAGGACAGCCUAAUGCAUCUGCUGAUCCCUACUCUUUACCAUAUGAAGUAUCCUGCAGAUACCUCCAAGAGUGCUUCUCUAUUUAACCUAACUGAGCGGCCAAAGACAGUGACAUUGCUGCUGGAGUUCAUGUUAGAUGUUUUACUGAUGCCUUAUGGGUUUGUGCUUAAUGAAUCCCCGACUCGCCCUGCUCCCUCCUCCUCCCAGGGGAGUUCUGCAGAUGGAACAGUGGCUGUGGGUGGCCAGGGUCUCCCCCAGCCUCCUCCAGGGAUGAGUGUUUAUGCUGCCAAGAGAGUGAUUGGAGAGGCCCAGUGGAGCGCUGAGCAACUAGAGCAGUGUAAGCUGGGGAUAGUGAAAUUCAUAGAGGCAAAGCAAGUCCCAGAAGUGGAGACAGUUGUUCAUCUGGUAGUAGCGUCCAGCGACACGAGACACAGCGUGGCCACUGCAGCUGAUUUGGAGCUGAAGAGCAAACAGAGCAUCAUUGAUUGGAACAACCCUCUAAUUAUUAACAAGAUGUACAAGGUGUAUCUGGGGGAUGUUCCUCUUAAAACAAAGGGUGGCAAUGUGAAGCAAGAGCUGAAACACGAGCCGGUAAGCACAAGAGUCAAACUUAAGAUCCUGCCACAUCUUCUCCGGUCUCGUCUAGCCGCAGAGUGUUUUCCAGCCAAUAUCCAGGUUGUGUAUGAUGGUCUGUUUGGAGCCAACACCAACAAUAAACUGCUGUUUCUCACGUUGCAAUUUGUCCAUCACAUCUGCAUGGUAUGCCCUGACACUAAUAAGCCAUUAGGGCUAAUGCUACUUAAUGGUCUUACCAAACUCAUCAAUGAAUAUAAGGAGGAUCCCAAGUUACUAUGUGUUGCAUACUCUGCGGUUGGAAAACUGUCAAGCCGCAUGCCACAGCUGUUCACAAAGGAUAUCGCACUUGUGCAGCAGUUUUUUGAGUCCAUGUGCAAGGAGGUGCCUGAUGUUCGUCUUGCCAUUCAAGAAGCUUUGUCAAUGAUGGUUGGAGCCUAUGACCUGGUGGCUGCGUACAUUGGAAAGCCUGAGGUACAAGUUCGUCAGGUGGCCAUGAAGUUUGCUAGCACGGUGUUUGCUCCCGAUCACGUGCCAUCAAGAUAUCUACUGCUAUUGGCUGCUGGAGACUCGAGAGAAGAGGUGUCUGGGGAGGCCCAGAGGGUGUUGAGGGCUUUUCCUACUAAGAGCUCAGAGAAAGAAGGACCAAAGCCAAUGCCCUCCUUUCCUGAUAUGGUGGCAUACGUCCAGGAGAAAGCGUCUCAGAGGAUCAAGACUCCAGCUAAGUACAUUGUUGGAACCUCCACCAUUCCUUUUAACCCAUCUGCAUUCGCGGAGAUUGUGAUCUACCUGAGGAUGUGUUUAGCCCACAGUGCCGGUGCCACGCCAAUGUCUACACGCCUAGCAGACAUGCAGGAUGAUGCACCAGCCAUCGGCCGCUAUGUGCACACACUGCUGGCCUCUGAGCCUCAGCCUUCAGUAUCAAAGGGUUCUGAGGCAAAUCCUAUUCAUGUCUACAUAGAUCUGCUGCAGCAACUGCUGUCUGCUGUAGGAGGAAUCCCAGUUAUGUACUCUCUACUGGAGGUAGUGUCUGUGUGCCCAGAGAAACUGGCUUCCAGAUUUGUUGAUAAAAUUGACUGGAUUAAAAGUCUGAUGAACACAAAUAAAGAGGACAUGAGGGAGCUAGCAGCCCAGUUGUACGCUGUAGUGGUCUCUACCAUGACUGGCAAUGAGCUGCACACAGCCAUUCACAACCUGGUCAAAAUCACCAAAGACAACCACAGUCCUGAGACUCAGCAUGGCGCCAUCUUGGCUCUCGGCUAUAUGGUGGGAAGGUUCAUGAGCAAGAAGAAAGCUGUCACCUCUAGUGACUCUACCCACAACACAGGGCAGCCGAUGAACAUCUCCUCUCAAAAAGAUGAUGAACUUGUUGCUAUGGCCACCAAGACAGUUGGUCUCUUCCUGGACAGCAGUAGUGCACUGCUGGCAGCAGCAGCCUGUACAGCUUUGGGAGAAAUUGGGCGGAAUGGCCCCCUGCUGAUCCCUGCAGAAGGAGAGGGCUUCACCAAACUGUCAUCCGUGGAAAACCUGCUGGCCCGGAUUACCUCUGGCAAGGAGAGUACAAAGAUGAAGGACCGAUCAGUCCAGACCUUGGGUUACCUACCUGUAGGAGAUGGAGACUUCCCUCACCAGAAGAAACUGCUGCAGGGACUCAUGGACUCUGUAGAGGCCAAACAGGUGGAGCUGCAGUUCACAGUUGGAGAGGCCAUCACUAGUGCUGCAAUAGGUACCAGCUCCGGAGCUGCGAGAGACCCGUGGACCUGCACUGAGGACCAGUACACUCCACCACACAAUGUGAAAAACAAUGAUGUGGUUCCUUGGGUUCUCAACUCCAUCUUGUCCAAGUGCAUACCCAGCCAGAACCCCCAUGUCCGACAGGCAGCCUGCAUAUGGCUGCUCUCCCUGGUCAAGAAACUCAGCCAACACAAGGAAAUCACAUCACAUUUAAGGGAGAUUCAGGUGGCAUUCAUCUCCGUUCUCUCAGACCCUGAUGAGCUGAGUCAGGAUGUGGCAUCUAAAGCUGGCAAAAGAGUCAAACAUGCUGUCUCUGAAGAUACAGAGGUGUUCCAAGGAGAAGGUUUGGGGAAAACACCUGAUGGCCAUGGCCUGACCACAUACAAGGAGCUUUGCUCCUUGGCCAGUGACCUAAACCAACCUGAUCUUGUUUACAAGUUCAUGAACCUGGCCAAUCACCACGCCAUGUGGAACUCCCGCAAGGGAGCAGCAUUUGGAUUUCACAUGAUUGCUGCCAAGGCCGGGGAGCAGAUGGCUCCAUUUCUGCCCCAACUUGUGCCUCGCCUGUACCGCUACCAGUUUGACCCCAAUCUGAGCAUUCGCCAGGCUAUGACCAGCAUCUGGGAUGCCUUGGUCACUGAUAAGACCCUGGUGGAUAAAUAUCUUAAAGAGAUCCUACAGGAUGUCAUUUCCAACUUGACCAGUAACACCUGGAGAGUACGUGAGUCCAGCUGCCUUGCCCUGAAUGACCUGAUUCGUGGCCACCAGGCUGAUGAUCUCAUUGAUCAUCUUGCAGAAAUGUGGGAGACGCUGUUCAGAGUCCUUGAUGACAUCAAGGAAUCUGUGAGGAAGGCUGCAGACCUAACAUUGAAAACACUCAGUAAGGUGUGUACGCGUAUGUGUGAGUCUACAGGCUCCACAGCCCAGAGAACUGUGGCCAUACUGUUGCCGACACUGCUGGGAAAAGGCAUUGUCAGCAACGUCUCAGAGGUCCGUUCACUCAGUAUCCAGACCCUCGUAAAGAUAAGUAAGACAGCCGGUGCCAGACUAAAACCUCAUGCAUCUCAGCUCAUCCCAGCCUUGCUGGAGGCCCUCAGCACCCUGGAGCCGCAGGUCCUCAACUACCUCAGCCUCAGAGCCACAGAGCAAGAAAAGAGUGCCAUGGAUGCUGCCAGGCUAAGCGCUGCCAAGUCUUCUCCAAUGAUGGAGACCAUUAAUAUGUGUCUGCAACACCUUGAUGUUUCUGUGCUGGGAGAGCUGGUUCCCAGGCUCUGUGAGCUGCUAAAGAGUGGAGUAGGCUUGGGCACCAAGGGUGGCUGUGCUAGUGUCAUUGUCUCACUGACAGUGCAGUGUCCCCAGGACCUUACCCCAUACUCGGGUAAACUAAUGAGUGCCCUGCUGAAUGGUAUCAAUGACAGGAGCACUGUAAUACAGAAAGCGUUUGCCUUUGCUUUGGGACACCUUGUCAGGGUAAGCACCACUUUUGAUGAGUAACAACUACUGUGUCUUCUCUCCUGUUCCUCUCUCCUACCUCCAGAGCCGGUGUAUAAGUCGUCAUGUGCAUUGACCGUGCAUGCCAUCAGCCACUACAGUCCUGAUGUGCUCAAAAGCCAUGCAGGAGUGGCUCUUCCACUGGCCUUCCUGGGAAUGCAUCAGGCGCCAGGUCCGGAUGAGGAGAAAGGAGAGAGCCAUGAUGCCAUACUGUGGACUGAGGUGUGGCAGGAGAACGUCCCAGGAAGCUUUGGAGGCAUCAGACUCUACAUGACGGAGCUGAUAGCUAUCACACAGAAAGCGCUGCAGUCUCAGUCCUGGAAAAUGAAGGCUCAGGGUGCAGCUGCCAUGGCAACUGUUGCCAAGGAACAGACUGGCUCAUUGGUGGCACCACACCUUGGCUUGGUGCUAACAGCUUUAAUACAGGGACUAUUUGGGCGCACGUGGGCUGGCAAGGAGGAGCUGUUGAAAGCCGUCGGCUCAGUAGUCUCCAAAUGCAGUGCUGAGCUACAGAAGCCUUACACCGGCCAACCCACCAUCUCUGAGGUGCUGGAGGUCGUGCUGAAGGAAUGUCGUAAGGAGAGUCUGGUGUAUAAAAUGGCUGCUCUGCGCUGUGCUGGAGAUGUGCUUCACAGCAGCCAGGAGGACCGUUUCAGUGACAUAGCAGAGAUGCUUUUCCCUCUGAUCAAAAAGAGCUGCCCAGAGAGUGGUGGUGUAUCCCCAAGGUCACUGGAGGAGGAUGAUGAUGAUGAUGAUGAUGGAGAUAUGAAGGGGAAAGAGCUGCAGACUGAAGCUUUGCUCUGUGCUUUUGAGACCCUUGGAAAGACUUGGCCCAGGAACCCAGAGACUCAGACUCGUUUCCAGGUCGAGAUGUGCCGUCUAAUGUGUGAAAAGCUCACGCUGAGCACUUGGAAAGUCCAGCUUGCUGUUCUACAGUCCAUGAAGGCAUUCUUCCAGGGGUUACUGCUGCUAGAGAAGGGCAGUAAAGACUUCAAUGUGCUGUCACACAUCCUCACAGAGACCUGUGCUGCUCUCACAUACCCUUUAGAAAACAAAAGUUACUCAUCUGUAAGGACUGAGGCUUUGUCAGUUGUGGACCUGAUCGUAAAGAGAACUGGUGAGAGUGAACAGUGGGACUGUGUGUCUGUGAAGAGUCGUGAGCAGCUGCAGCGCUCCCUGUCAACGCUGCAGUCUGACAGCCGACCUGACUUGAGGGAUAAGGCCCAGGAGCUGCGCAGACACAUCCAGAGUCAACCUUGAGCCCACACACACGCUGAGUCAGCCAAAUACUUACAGUUACAAAAACAGUGUAGAACAUAAUAGAUCAUGAACUUCUUUUAAUUUGUUUGUGAGUAAAACCACGUUAGCUCACUCCUCUGUCUGACCUCUUUGGUACAGUUGUCUUUUCUUAGACAGAUAUUCACAAACCUCUCAAUCAUUGCGUUAUGUAUCCGCCUACAGUAUGGGCUUUGAAGCAGGCUUACGUACAAGAUGGCUCCACUCAAGCUGAUUCACGUUUGUAGCUAACAAAGCCUGAAACAAAACUAUAAUAACACAACUUGUUCGGAGUCUGAACUCGGAAGUGACAGAGGCAAUGUGCAAGGCUAGUGUAAGGUCUCAGUCUUUAUUUGGUUCAUUUAAAUGGACAGUAAAAUAACUGCUAUAUAACUGUUUGUGGGCACUGAACAUCUACAGCCCCAAAAUGGGGAAUUUUUACUAUUUGUUGUGGGUUUGCCUAUUCUUUAAAUAUCACAACAGCAAGUCGUUUACCUUGGUUAACAGAAACGUGUUCCAAGUUUGUACUUUGAAUAUUUCCUGCAAAUGAUGUUUUGUCUCCUGUUUGCAAGGUGAAUGAGCAAGAUAGCAGCCUAUUUUGUGAAGUCUUGAAAAUAAGUAAAAUCCCUGCUGUUUAGUUUAAAAAUCUGCUAUAGUUGUUUGAAUUUGUCCAUGAUGGAAAUAAAACUACCUUGGUCGUUUGGA